AUGGCGGACAAACGCGUCGAAGCGUCCUCCGCAAGAGAAUGCCAGCCGGACUCGGCGAGCGCGUCUCAAAGCCACCUUGAAUCGACGGACGACUUUGUUGUCCUAGAUGAAUGUGAAAUGGCUCGCGGCUACGUCGUGAAAUUUCAGAGACUCUGCAGCCGCAGCGAGCUCUCGGUGAGCAUCCACGAGCGAGUCUCCGCGAGACUCGAGACGCGCAGGCACCGGCUGGCGCGUCGCUUUUCCUUCGUGGAACGCGAGAAACGCGCGCGAGAACGCCACGAGGACUACCUCCGCAGGCGCCGAGUCGCUGCGAGAAAGUUCAUUGAACGGCGUCAAGGCGUGCUUCAGCGGGUCCAAAAGAGCGAGGAGGAACGCACGCGAACUCUGGAGCUGCGCGCAAAUCGACUGGACAAACGCGCGCUGGAGAUCCUUGAGGGCGUCGAGGACUUCGAGAAGACCGAAACCGAGGAAAACGGCGCAGACGCACUCUCCCUGGACUCCGACCCUGUGGCGCUCCACCAAAGACGCGCAGAAGAAAACCUCGCAAAUCGAAUCGAAGGCAUCCAGGCAAACCUGCAGAAGAAAAUGCAAAGCGCAGAGGAGCGGAGGCUGCUGAUGCGUGCGCAAGAGAGGGAGCGUCUGUCUAAGGCGCUGCAGCAAGUCGAGAAGAUCCAGGGCAAGAACAAACUCGAAGAAGAAGAAAAGUCGCUGAGACUCCAGUCCUGCGUUCAAGAGAAGCUGGAAGAGGCCGAAAAGCGGCGGAAGCAGCUCCUGGAGGAAGAAUCGUCACGCCGCAAGCAGAAGUGGGAGGAAAAGCGCGAGGUCAUCGCGGCGCGUGAGAUGGAGAUCGAGGAGAAGAAGAAGUCUCUCGAGGAGCGCAUGGAGCUUGCAAUGGAGAGGAAAAACAAAAUUAUCGAGGAGACCAAGCUCACGAUUCAAAAGAAGAUCACUGAGGUCGAGGAGCAAGUCACGAGAAACCGGACGGAGAUGGAGAGGCGGCUUCAGGAGCUUGCAGAGAAGAUGAGCCGCAAGCAAGAGAAAGCCGAGCAACUGCGCGUGAACAACCUGAUGAAGAAGAAGAAGGGAUUCAGCCCCUCCUCUGGGGCGCGCCUCACUGCAGCCUCGCCCGCGUCGCUCGCGGAUCGGCUGGACAUCGCGGCCGCGGAUAACGGCAUCGGCGCACUCGACGCCGGAGUCGCUGUGAACUAA